AUGUUUUCUUUUUUUUUUUUUUAUGUAAAUUUUGAUUUAAUUUUUUUUUUUGUGUGUGAUAAAAAUAACGCCUCACAUUUGCUCAUUAUUUUGUGUUUUGGUUAUAUAUAUACAAAGGGAAAAAAAAUGCAAAUUCGCUCUAAAAAUAUAUUACGUGCCAUAUUGAUAGGAUCAAUAUAUUUUUUUGGUUUAAUAGCGGUUGAUGCUUUAAAGGUUGGAGUGGCUCCAUUUCCCGAACCGGACCGUUUUGCUAUGAUGUCGGCCAUUGUGGAAGAAAUGCACCUGCGUGGCCACGAUGUGACUGUUUACGUUCCUGGGUCCUUUAUGAAUGAAUGUCACAAGGUUGCAGGAUGCGAGUGUAUCUCGAUUGGUAUUUACAAUGAAGCCUACACGAAGAAAAAUGAACCGAGCGGAAUCUUUUCUGAUUUAAUUAUUUCUGUUUCAGGGGAUCACCCCAAAAAAAACUUUAACAAUUUUUUUGCUUUGGCAUUUAAAAUGACUUUAGAAAAAAAUCUUUUAUUACCUGAUGCUGUUAUAGUGGAUAUUGAAACAUGGGGUGCGGACAGUGUUGCCCGGAGCUUGCGAAUCCCAACCGUUUUCCUUUGGUCUUCAAGGCAUUGGCCAUCUCAGAUGAAUCCCUCUUUUCCUUCUCAUGGAAGUGGAUUGGGUCUCCGUAUGAGUGAAAUAGAGAGACUUAAAAACUAUUUUUUCCAGCGAUUAAAUCACUUUGUGACAAGGCUUCGGAACACGAAAGUUGACAAUUCCUAUGAAUCCUUUGAGACUCUCUUGUAUGGACGACAUAUAGUCGCACCUUUUGUUUUCGGUUUGGAUAUGUCUCAGCCUUUUUGCCCUAACAUUCACUCGGUUGGGUUUCUGAUUCCUCGCAGUAGAGAAAUGACAUCCAUCAAUAGCAGUUUGAUGUCGUGGAUGAAUGGAUGCACAGAAGGUAUUCUUUAUAUAAACUUGGGGUCCAUCUCUCACUUUUCUACUGAAUGGACAAAGGGUUUAUACGAAUCUAUUGACAAGUUUACUAAGAAGGGAUUAAUGUGUGUUUUGUGGGAGGUUUCUGAUAAUCGGCGCCCCCCAUUGGUGGGUAAAAAGAAUGGCGUCCGUUUUCGAUUAUCUCCAUUUUUUUCAUUUUCAAGACUUUUAAUUUUGCAUCAUAAAAACACGAAAAUCUUUUUAACAAAUUGUGGCGGUAAUUCAGUUUAUGAAGCUGUGGAGAGUGGUGUUCCAAUAUUGGGUUUGGGGUUUCUCCCUAAUGAAAUGGACAUGUGUGCAAGGGCACAAGAUGCUGGAAUAGGUGUGGCAUUGGAUAAACUUGUCUUAAAUUCCUCCCAAUUUAUUAAUGAAGUGACGCAGUUAAAAAACAACCAAAAGAUCCUUGGCAACCUUAUGAAAAUCAAGCGAAUGGGAUAUCUGUUGGGGGGAUCACGAAAAGCAGCUGAAGUUGUUGAAUUCGUUGCUUCUCUCGAUGCUAAUAGUGUAGGUUUUUUCUGUCCUUUUACACAGUUACCUUUUAUUGAGCGACAUGAUUUGGAUGUUUUUUUUAUUCUGAGUGGAAUAGUUUCCGUUAUUAUAUUCCUUACAAUAAAUAUAGUUUGCUGCAGAAAAUCUGUAGAGGGGUCCCACAAAAAACAGAAUUGA